AUGAACAAUAUGCGGCAAGUAGAGCAAAAGUAUAACCUAUCCAAGUGUCACAUGUACAACGAGAAAAGUUCCUUCGCCUUCUGGAUCGUAUUGGUACUGCUGUUCUGCCUUGCGCUAGGCAAUCUCUGCCUGACCCUGUCCAUUACCGCUAUUUUGCGCAUUUACCGUGGCAUGGAAAAUAUAGAGCUGAUCCAGGAUGCGGACUCGAUCAAAUUCUACGGAAACAUCGAUUUCGAUCGCGUGUACAAACAGGACGGCCUGCUGGAGAGCUUCUACGACGAGCCGUUGGAAAUAAUGGGCGACGAUGGAGACGUUGCCAUUAACCUCGUCAACCGAAACGGCCAUUCGCACAGUAAAAUUCAGCUCUCAAAAAAUGGGAGCUUUCUAAAGGGCAUCAACCACUUCGAUGUGAAGGAUCCGUCGACGGGGAGACAAGUGUUCGGAACAUCGCGACCACACUACAACAUGCCGCAGGGCGCCAUGAUCCUGCAGGCCCAUUUGAUCAACACCGGUCGCAUUGCGUCGCCCGUUAACGACACGUUGAAGCUGCAAACGCGAAACAAACUCACGCUCAAGGGCACGGAAGGAAUACGCAUGGAGGCCAAGGAGCUUCUGUGGUCGGCGGAUCAGAACAUCAUCCUAAAGUCGGACAACGGGAGCACCAUGCUCGUGGGAAGCGACGGUGUUUGGGUGAACGUGAACAAUCUGCCGAUGGUGAAGAGCGAGCACGGUAUGCGCGCCAGUUCGAGUCAGUACAAACUUUGCGUUUGCCAUCCGCAGGGAAGAAUCUUCCGUAUGGCGGUACCGAAAUUGCACAAUGCCCGGGUGAACUGUGCCCAUGUCAGCAGUAAAGAAAAUCCGUGCGUGUAGAU